UAUAUCUUCACGCCGAUCGCUUCGCCCCCUCACCCCUUCCAGCCUUCCUCCCCACUCAGCUUUCCACCACCCUCUCGCCACACCACACUACACAGCGCGCACGCUCGGCUCGAAGCGAGCUCUUCUUCUCCACUUCUCCCCUGUUCCAUGCACCACCGCUCGCUUCCCUCCUAGCUAGACAGGGCUUGCAUUGAGACUGAACGCGCGCUUGUGUUCUUUCUGCGUGUCAAUUGGUUCGUCUGACUCUGCUGGGAUGGAGAGGUGGGGGGACAAGGACAAGCGGGCGGCGGGUGCGGCGCCGGGGAGGGCGAGGCGGUACGCCGACCAGCCGUCCUUCUCGUCCACGCUGCUCGACGCCAUAUACAAGUCCAUGGACGAGCCCGACGAUGGGGUGACAUCAUCCGGCGCCGCCACCGCGGCAGCGACCAAGAAGCAGAACCAUGACCUGCACUACAGCUACUACUACAAGGCGUCGCUGGCGGGGAGCUACCGCGGCAGCAGCAGGGCGGCGGCCCCUGGGCCGCACGCCGCCACCACGUCGAGCUCCUCCGAGUGCUCCAGCUACGGUGGGUUCUCGUCGUCCGAGGCGGAGUCGUCGCAGCACCGGCGCCUGCGGCCCAUACGCACGAGCGCCGCCGCCGGGGCGGCGGCCACCGCGCCCGCGCCCGCGCUGGCGCCGGAGCAGAAGAAGAAGGCCGCCAAGAAGGCCGGCGCCAACAUCCGCGCCAAGCUGAGGGAGCUCCGCAAGCCGGCGUCUCCCGGCGCUUCCCCAGGCGCGCGGCUGGCGGGGUUCCUCAACGCCAUCUUCAACGGCAGGCGCGCGCCGCAGACGCCGCCGUCGGCGUCGGCGUCGCGGGGCGCGGCGGCGGAGUCCGCGUGCUCCACGGCGUCGUCCUACUCGCGCUCCUGCCUCAGCAAGACGCCGUCCACGCGGGGCCAGCCGAAGCGGACCGUGCGGUUCCUGGACAGCGACGACGGCGGCGAGGCGGCGGCGCCCGCCCCGGGCGUCGAGCGCCGGAGGGUGCAGGUCGGGGUGGCGGAGCUGGAGCAGAUGCUGCUCCACCGGAUGGAGAUGGACAGCGACGAGGAGGACGACGAGGAGGACGAGGAGAGCAGCGACGCCAGCUCCGACCUGUUCGACCUCGAGAAUUUCGCGGCCGUUGCCCCCGACGCCGGCGCCGCCGCCGCGGCGUACAGGGACGAGCUGCCAGUGUACGAGACGACGAGGGUGGUGCUGGGCCACCGCGCCAUUGGCCACGGGUACGCGCACGGGAGGAGUACCAGAGUCGUGUGAUCUUGCUGCCGGGAUUCAUCAUUCAUUUCUUUCCGGGUCCGGAGCGCCAGGGGUAACUGUAAAAUGGUGGUGGAGUAACUGUAAAAUACAAGUGAGAGCGGUUGUUUGUGAGGGAAAUGGGAUUAUUGGGGCAACAAGUGUUUGCUACUCGUACUCUCAUCUACUAGCAAGUAGUGAGAUCUUUGGGAGGAUUUCUUGGAUCCUUUUUUUUCCCUCUCUCUCCCUGUCUUUAUUCCCAUCCUUCUCCAUGUCGUUGUGUGUGUGUGUGUGGUUAGUUCUAAUUUUAAUGGAGUAACUCAGCGAUUUGCCAA